AUGGAUGAUCUUAUUACUGGAUCAGACACAUUAGAAAGUACCAUUCAACUCAAAGAACGAAUAACCAAUAUUUUAGAUAGUGGCGGUUUUCAAUUACGCAAGUUUAUGUCAAACGAUACGCGCAUUAUUGAUGAAUCUCAUUCGAACAAGCAAUCAGACUAUCAACUUUCAGAAAACGAAAACGUAAGAGCCCUUGGCUUAGCAUGGAAUGCUAAAUCCGAUCGCCUUAAAUAUUCUAUAAAUUUAGAAGAUACGGGUCAACCCGUAACUAAGCGAAACAUACUGUCCGUGAUAUCCAAAAUAUUCGACCCGCUUGGCCUGGUGGGUCCAUGUGUCAUUUUGGGAAAAAUCAUUAUACAAAAAUUAUGGGUAUUAAGGUCGGACUGGGACGAUCCGGUUCCUGACGAAUUAACUAAUAUUUGGUUAGAAUUUUAUAGAGACUUACUUAGCAUCAAUGACAUUCAGAUUCCGAGACACGUAAUUUGUCCUGAUUAUAUUCAAAUUGAACUACACGGUUUUUCCGACGCUAGUGAAGCAGCCUAUGGGGCAUGUAUAUAUCUCAGAAGUAUCAGUAAGGGCGGACAAAUUCAUACCUCAUUAGUUUGCGCCAAAUCACGCGUGGCACCACUUAAAAUUUUAUCAAUACCACGGUUGGAAUUAUGUGGAGCACUUUUGCUCGCACAAUUAACCAAAGGAGUACUUAGCUCAUUAACCAUACCUGUUCAAACCUUUUAUUGGUGUGAUUCCUCUAUAGUGUUAGCAUGGUUGCAAGCGGAACCUGCAACUUGGAAAACAUUUGUAGCCAAUAGGGUCUCUACAAUUCAAACGUUAACUGACAUAAAUAAUUGGCGGUUUGUUAAUUCAGCGGAAAACCCUGCUGAUGUUAUUUCACGUGGCGCUACUCCUACACAACUCAAAAAUUUAGACAUCUGGUGGUCAGGACCCGAGUGGUUAUCCAAGGCUAAUACUCAUUGGCCAACACUUUGUUCAGCUAAUGCUAGUAAAAUUCCGGAUAAACGUAAAAACGAAAACAUAUCAUUAGUUACGAUUUUAGAUCAACAUAUAUUUGACAGAUUUUCUUCCUUAUUAAAAAUGCAAAGAGUAGUAGCAUAUUGUUUAAGGUUUUACAACAAUUGCAAAUCAAACUCGUCAAAGGUGUACGGAUACUUGACUACAAAUGAACUCGAUGUAUCAUUAUUAACUCUUGUAAAGGUUGCGCAGUCUCAUUCAUUCGGUUUAGAAAUUAGAAAUUUAAGGGGUAAAAAAACGGUACCUAACACUUCCUCAAUAUUAUCUUUGAACCCGUUUAUCGACGACAAUGGGAUUCUACUUGUUGGAGGCAGACUUGUUAAGUCAGAAUUGCCUUAUAACCAGAAACACUUACUUCCUUAUAAACACUCAUUGACAGACAUGAUUAUUAGACGAGAACAUGAAAGACUGCUUCAUUCAGGUGUUCAAGCUGUACUGGCUAGUUUAAGAUGUAAAUUUUGGCCUAUUAAUGGCAGAAAUGCAGUAAGAAAAGUAAUACACAAGUGUAUCACUUGUUUCCGUGUUGCACCAACGCCAGUCGAGCCUCAAAUGGGUGAUUUGCCCAAAUUGAGAAUUACCCCAUCGCGACCCUUUUAUACUACUGGUAUCGAUUUCGCUGGCCCUUUCCAGGUAAAGGAUGGCAAAACUCGUAGGAGAAGGUUAGUCAAAUGUUACAUGUGCAUAUUUAUUUGCUUUUCAACAAAAGCUAGCCACCUGGAACUCGUAGGUGAUUUGAGCACUCAAUCGUUUUUAAAUGCCUUUAAACGAUUCAUAGCGAGAAGAGGCAUAUGCCGCAAUGUUUACAGCGAUAAUGCUAUGAAUUUUGUGGGAUCGGCUAAUGAAAUUACUAAAAUUUUAGACACCAUAUCCAAUCCAAAUAUCAAUAAUAACUUUGUUAAUUGGUUUUCUCAAAACAAAAUAAAGUGGCAUUUUAUACCACCUCGAAGCCCGCAUUUCGGGGGGUUAUGGGAGGCUGCAGUAAGGUCGGCAAAAUAUCAUAUGAAACGAAUUUUAGGUAAUGCCCAUUUAACGUUUGAGCAUUUGUACACGAUUUUGACGCAGAUUGAAGCUGUAUUGAAUUCCCGACCGUUAACCCCAUUGUCCUCUGAUCCUGAAGAUCUUUUAGCCCUCACCCCCGGACAUUUUAUUAUCGGUGAUCGCAUGACCGCCAUGCCGGAACAGGAUGUAGAGCAAAUAGCAACAAAUAAACUAGAUCACUACAAAAUAUUACAGCAAAUGGCGGAGCAUUUUUGGAAAUGCUGGUCACGUGAAUACAUUUCCACACUACAGCUCUAA